AUGCAGCCGGUGGGCGAUGGUGACUUUGCCAGCAAGAGGGAGGGAAGAAGCCUCGUCAUCCGGCAGAUCCAGGCUGCACAACAGGAGCUGUUCUUGGCUGUAGGUGCCCGACAGGGGCUGAAGAUGAUGGUAGGAGCCCAGAAGGAACCAUCCCACCGCUGUGUGCAAAGGCCCUGUUCUGGUGGAACAGUGCCCUUCACUUCGGUCAGCAGGUUCCUGCUGCACACACUGCUAUACGUGCCCAAUGUGUGA